CGUACGGGCGGCCGCUCGCUCUUCGCUCUCCGUGCUCGCUUGGUGCUCGCUGGCGCUGCUCCGCUCCGCGCGCCAAGUGAUCGGGGAUCCCCGUCGACCCGUCGACGUUGUCGCGCGGUGAAGUCACGCCAGGUAAACAAAGGAGCAGACGCACUGGACGUUUUCUAACGCGUCGCGCGUCGUAAAGUGAUCGCCGACAAUUCGGCGAUUCUCGCGGAGAGCGAGUUGUACGUGUGGGAGGCCCUUGAGGACUGGAGAUAGCAAAGUAUAUACCGAGACUACCUCGAAAUCGGAACGGUGAAAAUAAAUUCCGACUGACGUCUGAAUUGACAUUUAAAACGAGACUGUAUUUUAAAAAAAUCCGCGAGAGUCGCGUCAUUGAGUAACAAGUGGAUCGCAAGUGGAAUAACGAGCCGUGGAAUUGAGACUACCUCAGAUUAAAAAAAAAAAAAGUAGGAGACUAUAAAUAGAAGAGAAUCACGAGAGAGAUAGAAGAAAAGGAAUCGUCCGUCUGGUAUAUCCGAUUCGAAAGCGGGAUCGCCGCGCGAGAUUACCAUCUUCCCGUCGGGCCAAAAUAAUCACUCGCUCUCACCGUGUUCCGUUCCUCCUCUUUCUCUCCCACCCGCUCAGUGCGUUACCUCAUCGGAGCCGAGUAGGUGCGUGUAACGAGCGUAUGCGCGCGUUGUGCAACCCGCCGCACUGAUCCUCGGAGAGCGAGCGAGCGAGCGUAAGAAAGAGAAAGAGACAGAGUCGAGUGCAGACACUGUGUACGUUCGAUCGGCCUGGAAGCAAAACAAUGUGCGGCUGGUGUAGCGCUGUGUAGCGCGUAGUGGAGAGGAGAGCUCUGUGCGUGUGUACGUGCAGCUGCUGCUGCGCGGUGCGCUGGUGUGCGUUUGUUUAUGCGCGUAGAUUAGCCGCACGCUCGUACUCGCGCGCGGGGCAGUUCAUUCAACAGCCAGCCGCGCUUCGACGCGCGCGACUCCUCGUCGUGCCGCGUUCCGCCGACGACGUUUCGAGAAAGCGAGCGAGGAGAGGAUAUAUCGCGCCGCCCCGCGUAUUUGCCCAGUGAAUCAUACCCGUCCGAUUACGCACGGACGCGCCUGUACGCGGAUACUCCGUCGUGCUUUGUAUAUAUACACACACAUAUCGCCACUGUGUGUUAUUGUUGACGUGUCUCGGCGACAACUGCGAUUCAGACGAGAGCGAGUCGCUAAUCGGAAGACAGCCCGUAUUUCUUCGUGGAAAGAGGAAUUCUCAAGUCCCCGCUGAGAGUAUUGUGGUACGAGAAAAGGAAGUUUGGUCUUUCUGAAAGAAUAGUGCAGCGUUCUCUCUCUUCUCUCCCUACCUCGGGCUGUUUAUUGUUGUGUGGGACCCCGUCGACCCAGGUAAACACCGAAAGAAGGAAAGAGAGGGAAAACUAUUGUCGGCACGAAGAGAGAUAGUAAUCUCGGGCAUUAGAAGGAGAGAGGACAAAAACAUAGAGCUUCGAGAGAAAUCGUCGGAUCCCCGUUGCACAGUCUGUUUAUUUACUACACGUCGCAGUUGGUGUUGCGUGUUUCGCGCGUCAACAUCGAGAGCGUGAGGCGGAUAGCUCGAGGAUGCCGAGUGCCGAGGAGACGACGUAUCUGAUCGGCGUGAUGCCGGACGGCGCGGCGCAGGCGGACGCGUUUCUGACGCGCGACGUCGACCUGCUGGUGUCGCAGAUCAAGGAGAACCUACGGCUGUCCAGUUUGAAGGCCAAGUCCAGCAUCAGCUGCAAGAACAAUCGACCGUCGCCGUACCGGGUGCCGGCGCGUUCCUGGGCGGAUCCGGCCGCCGGCUGCGAGGUCUGCGGUCUGCGGUCCAACGGCCAGCAACAACAACAACAACAGUCGCAGCAACAGCAUCACGUGACUGCUGCUCAUCAUCAUCAUCAUCACCAUCACCACCAUUAUCACAAUCAUCUGAAGAGGAGCGAGAGGAGGGUGGACGAUGAUCCGUACGAGGUACUUCAGGAACUGCUGCGCGAAGGCGGCCUCAUCAAGGAGGCAGUCAAGAGGCUGCAGAACCUCGACGAACUUUCGAGCUCGGAAGUGGACGAGGACGACGACGUGCGACGAUCCGGUGGCGGAUACCGCAGGAAACCGUACUUCUACGAUUCCGAGGACGAGCCGUUACCGCCGAUGUACGACCCUCUGGAACUGUGAGUCGUCCGACGGCGACAUUUGGGGAAAAUUUUUACGGACGUUCCUACGUUCUCGUCGUGAACAAUGCCGCUUUAUCCCGCGGUCUUUUUCGACCCGGUCCUUUCCUUUAUCUUCUUUUGGUGUAAGGAACGAGGUUCUAGGUAGGGUCGUUUCUUUUGUGAUUCGGGAACGGAAAGUGUCUCGAAAGUGGAUAAGAAUUCACGUUGAAGAAGGAAGAUAAUAAAAAGGGGUAUCCCCGAAAAGAAAAUGCGUUUCCUUCGCUCGACCGCGUGGGAGUCCCAGUUUGUUUGUCCCAGGACGACGGCGACGGGAAAGUGUGCGUGCACGUACGUGCGUGCGUGUGUGUAAACACAAUUAGGCUGGAACUCGCCUUACAUGGCCGUGUUUGUAAAUACGCUGCGUUGUCGGCGCUGCGCGAUAGCUUCGCCUCGCCUCUCCGCUGUAUCGACGCUCGCGGACGGACCUACGUGGAAGACUUACUUAUGGCCGCCAACUUAUGGCGGCCCGCGCCCCGCUCGACUCGCUUCACCACCGUUUCGAAACGCGCACGCGAGAUGUUCCUUUCCCGUACUGUUCUACAUCGCGUCGGCGUCGGGGUAUCUCGAGAUCAUUUAUUAAAUAUCGCUGGCGAACUCAACGUCGUCUCGACGUCACUAAUGUCUGUUUCUGUCAAUGUAGAUUAACUAUAAUCUCGGUUCUACUUUUCACCUUUCUUUUUUUCCGAUGCCCGUUUCUGCUGAUGUAGUUUAAUGUUAAUCUCGGUUCAACUAACUUUUUCUAGUUCUAGGAAUUGGAAAAGGAUGAAGAAGUAAGUUGAAUUGAAGUUGAAGUUAAUCUACAUUGUGGUAGAAACGGGCAUAAUUUGUAGAAACUAGAAGCAGAUAAAAAGUAAGUCAAACUGAGAUUAAAGUUAAUCUACGUUGAAAUCUACUGGAAAUAGCCAUUAAUGUGCGUCAUACGCGCGUUCAGAAGCCAUACGCAAUGUUCCUUUUCUGUAGUGGAGCUCUGUAUUGUGUUAACGAUGGUUAUCGGUAUUCCGAACUGUUGAAAAAUAUCAUUGGCGAUGGCGAUAAUCGUAGUGCAAGGCCGAUACGAUUCUUUGUAUAUAUUUUCAAGUAU